AGCCGAACAGAAACGGCAAUGAUGAGGCCAUCCACGUCGUCAAAAUUUUUUUGAACCGUCCGAUCGUCAAUCACCGGUUGAUGUCUCAUCUCGCUCGUAAAGCUCUCCGCUCAAAGCUCCACGGACGGAAACUGGCCUCCGCGACGCUUCCAGAACCAGCGCCUCAUCCCCUUUCCCCCCUGAUACGACUUCCAGAACCAGCGUCUCAUCCCCUUUCCCCCCCUGAUACGACGCUUCCUCUCCCCCUUCUGGGCAGCGACGCCUUGGGGAGCCGCCGCACGCUCCGCUCCCUGCACCUCAUCCCCUUCCCCUACUCCCCCUCACACGACGUGCGGCGGUGCGAGGACCGGCCCUGGCACCAGCGCCCUCGGUGCCUGGAGCAGUGCAGGGAGGAGGAGCGGGAGAAGCGGCAAGAGCGGAGCAGGCACGAGGCCGACGACCGCAGCGGCGAGGGCUCGUCGGAGGAUGAGCGCGAGCAGGAGAAGGAGGAGAAGCAGAAGGACCGGCAGUCGUACGUGUUCGACUGGCGCAGCCUCCGACGAGCGCGAGCAGGAGAAGGAGGAGAAGCAGAAGGACCGGCGGCCGUACGAGCAGUCCGGCUGCUGCAAGCCGCCGACGGCGUGCCAGUACAGCGGAGGCAUGCCAGUCGGGGCGCAGGACGAGGACUGCUACCGGUGGAACGCCCCGGACAUCCUCUGCUACCGGUGCGACUCGUGCAGGGCCGGCGUGAUGGAGCAGGUGCGCCAAGACUGGCACAAGAUCUUUGUGCUCGACGUCGCCGUGCUCGCCGCUCUCGUCUGCAUCUGCUCAUGCGGGUGUUGUGCCUUCAGGAACGCUCGCCACUCCCGGUCCCAGUACCCAUACGGGGUAAACCAAACGUCCAAGAUAAACCCACGCUGGGACUACUGGUGGCGAUGAUGGGGUGGUAGAAGAGAACAGAUCUACUAGGCUAGCUGUAGCUUCUCAAUGCAUGUAUGAUAUUUUGAUCCAAUCUUCUAUGGUAAAAGAUAAAAUAACACUUGGGAUCUGUAUGUGUUAUUAGCCCCUGUGGUACUCUAUUUGUUUCCAGGUCUGCAGAGUUUAGUUUCUAUAGAUAUUUGAGUUAAGAGGAGACUAAGCCAUGAAGUAAAAGAGAUGCCUAGUUUUUUCCCCUUCAAUAUGGUAGCCAGCAUUGUAUCAUGUAGAAUUUUAAUCCAGGACAGAAGUGGUUCCAUGUAUAUGGGGGAAACCAAACCACACAAGAAGUUAUCAGCUAUGCUUGUUCUACUGUUGGUGUGGCUUCUCUAUCUCAUUAGGUACUGUCUUCUGGACAUAACUUAUGAUGUGAUUACA